AGAUUGUUUUCUGAAGGCUGCGUUGGAGGCCGUGACAGAGCAGAGAACCUGUGCGGAGCUGAUGGGGAGACUUUCUGAGUAACAUGGCCCUCCGCUGUUGACCUUGCCAUGACCACAUUUUUCACCAGCGUCCCCCCCUGGAUUCAAGAUGCAAAGCAGGAGGAGGAAGUAGGCUGGAAACUAGUUCCCAGGCCUCGGGGCCGGGAGACAGAAAGUCAAGUGAAAUGCCAAUGUGAAAUCUCGGGGACACCUUUCUCCAGUGGGGAGAAGCUGAGGCCUCACAGUCUUCCCCAUCCAGAGCCGAAACCGUAUAGCUGCCCUCAGCAGCACUGUGGCAAGGCUUUUGCCUCCAAGUACAAGCUCUAUAGGCACAUGGCCACCCACUCGGCUCAGAAACCUCAUCAGUGCAUGUAUUGUGAUAAGAUGUUUCAUCGCAAGGACCACCUGCGGAACCAUCUGCAGACCCACGACCCCAACAAAGAAUCCCUCCACUGUUCCGAGUGCGGUAAGAAUUACAAUACAAAGCUGGGCUACCGGCGCCACCUGGCCAUGCACGCUGCCAGCAGCGGCGAUCUUAGCUGCAAGGUGUGCCUGCAGACCUUUGAAAGCACCCAGGCCCUGCUCGAACACCUGAAAGCCCACUCACGCCGGGUAGCAGGUGGUGCCAAGGAGAAGAAGCACCCGUGUGACCACUGCGACCGGAGGUUCUAUACACGUAAGGAUGUGCGGCGGCACCUGGUGGUCCACACGGGCCGGAAAGACUUCCUGUGCCAGUACUGCGCCCAACGGUUUGGGCGCAAGGACCACCUUACGCGGCAUGUCAAGAAGAGCCACUCACAGGAGCUGCUCAAGAUCAAGACGGAGCCCGUGGACAUGUUAGGCCUUCUCAGCUGCAGCUCCACAGUCAGUGUAAAGGAAGAGCUGAGCCCUGUGCUCUGCAUGGCCUCUCGGGACAUGAUGGGGGCCAAGGCCUUCCCGGGCAUGUUGCCCAUGGGCAUGUAUGGUGCCCACAUCCCUCCCAUGUCCAGCACAGGUGUGCCACACUCCCUGGUGCACAAUCCACUGCCCAUGGGUAUGACCUACCCUCUGGAAUCCUCACCUAUCUCUUCCCCAGCUCAGCUCCCUCCAAAAUACCAGCUUGGAUCUACCUCAUACUUGCCUGACAAAUUGCCCAAAGUGGAGGUGGAUAGUUUUCUGGCGGAGCUUCCUGGAAGCCUGUCUCUCUCCUCUGCCGAAGCCCAGCCCGCCUCACCUCAGCCGGCGGCAGCUGCGGCCCUCCUGGAUGAAGCACUGCUCGCCAAGAGUCCCGCCAACCUCUCGGAGGCUCUGUGCGCUGCUAAUGUGGACUUCUCCCACCUGCUGGGCUUUCUCCCACUCAACCUGCCCCCGUGUAACCCGCCCGGGACCACAGGAGGCCUAGUCAUGGGCUACUCACAGGCCGAGACGCAGCCCCUGCUCACCACUUUGCAGGCUCAGCCUCAGGAUUCUCCAGGAUCUGGGGGACCGCUGAACUUUGGACCUCUGCACUCCUUGCCUCCUGUCUUCACCUCCGGCCUAAGCACCACCACCCUGCCUCGUUUCCACCAGGCAUUCCAGUAA